UGUGUCGGAACAUUUCCACCAUCAUCACUCUUUUGGAAACUGGUUGCCUUGUUCUUCCCUCCGGGACACAUGAUGUCUCUGCCGUUUUAUCAGAAAUUCCAUGAGCACUAUGAUCGUAGCUACCGCAGCAAGGACCUUCGCACCGCCAUGAGCCAGUACCACGAGCAGGAAAAGAAAAGUUCUGCCAUCUACACCCAUGGCUCCACAGCCUACAGCAGCCGCUCAUCGGCUGCGCACCGCCAGGAAUCCCAGGCCUUCAGCCAGGCAUCAGAGGCCUCCUACCAGCAGCAAGCGUCCAGGGCCACCGAGUCCAGCCUUGCGUCUGCAGUCAGUCGGAAGGCCGUCUCAGCCUACGAUUAUGGCUACUCCCAUGGACUUACAGAUUCCAGUCUGAUGUUAGAAGAUUAUUCAUCCAAGUUCAGCCCCCAAACAAAGAGAGCCAGGAAGAGCCUUCUCUCUGGGGAGGAGAAGGAAAAUCUGCCAAGCGACUAUAUAGUGCCCAUUUUCUCAGGACGCCAAGUGCAUGUCAGUGGAAUUACAGACACAGAAGAGGAAAGAAUUAAAGAAGCUGCUGCUUAUAUAGCCCAGAGGAAUCUCCUUGCUAGUGAGGAAGGAAUCACAACAUCCAAACAGUCCACGGUAUCAAAACAGUCUUCAUCCAGUCUCCACCAAGAGGAAGCUUUUGAGAAGAAGUCAAGGAAAGUUGCAAUUCGAGAAAAGGCAGAACGCCUGUCACUGAGGAAAACAUUAGAAGAAACCGAAGCAUUUCAUAAAAAGUUGAAUGAAGAUCAUCUUCUCCAUGCUCCUGAGUUUGUUAUUAAACCUCGUUCUCACACUGUUUGGGAGAAAGAAAAUGUAAAAUUACACUGCUCUGUUUCUGGCUGGCCAGAACCUCGAGUCACAUGGUAUAAAAACCAAGUGCCAAUAAACGUCCAUGCAAACCCCGGGAAAUAUAUUAUUCAAAGUCGAUAUGGACUGCACACACUGGAAAUUAACACAUGUGAUUUUGAAGACACCGCUCAGUACCGGGCCUCAGCAAUGAAUGUUAAAGGAGAGCUUUCAGCAUAUGCCUCGGUGGUGGUAAAGAGAUAUAAAGGAGAGUUUGAUGAGACUCGCUUCCAUGCUGGGGCUUCCACCAUGCCCCUCAGCUUUGCCGUGACCCCAUAUGGUUAUGCGUCCAAGUUUGAGAUCCACUUUGAUGACAAGUUUGAUGUGUCCUUUGGGAGAGAGGGCGAGACGAUGAGUCUAGGCUGCCGUGUAGUUAUCACUCCUGAAAUUAAACAUUUCCAGCCAGAGAUCCAGUGGUACAGAAAUGGAGCACUUAUUUCUUCAUCAAAAUGGGUACAAACACAUUGGAGUGGAGAUCGGGCAACACUGACAUUUUCUCAUCUCAACAAAGAAGAUGAAGGCCUCUACACAAUCCGUGUACGGAUGGGAGAAUAUUAUGAACAAUAUAGUGCUUACGUCUUUGUUCGAGAUGCUGAUGCAGAGAUUGAAGGAACCCCAGCCUCUCCCUUAGAUGUGGUGUGCUUGGAUGCCAACAAAGAUUAUAUCAUCAUCUCUUGGAAACAGCCAGCUGUGGAUGGAGGGAGUCCUAUUCUGGGAUAUUUUAUUGAUAAAUGUGAGGUGGGCACAGAUAGCUGGUCUCAAUGCAAUGACACACCUGUGAAGUUUGCUCGUUUCCCAGUCACUGGAUUGAUAGAAGGUCGUUCUUAUAUAUUCCGAGUUCGAGCUGUGAAUAAAACUGGAAUAGGUCUACCAUCUCGUGUUUCUGAGCCUGUGGCUGCUCUGGAUCCAGCUGAGAAAGCUAGACUUAAAAGUCGCCCUUCAGCACCCUGGACUGGUCAGAUCAUUGUCACUGAAGAGGAACCUACAGAGGGUAUUGUUCCUGGACCUCCUACAGACCUCUCUGUCACUGAAGCCACCCGGAGCUAUGUGGUGCUAAGCUGGAAGCCCCCUGGUCAGCGUGGCCAUGAGGGCAUUCUGUACUUUGUAGAAAAGUGUGAUGCAGAAACAGAAAAUUGGCAGCGGGUGAACACGGAGCUCCCAGUGAAGUCUCCCCGCUUUGCUCUGUUCGACUUGGCAGAGGGGAAAUCCUACCGUUUUCGUGUCCGCUAUAUCCCCAAGGCCCCAGGCAAAAUCAUCCCAAGCAGAAAUACAGACACAUCAGUAAUUGUUACAUGGGAGGAAUCCAAAGAUGCUAAAGAGCUGGUUGGGUACUACAUAGAGUCCAGCAUUGUUGGCUCUGGCAAGUGGGAGCCCUGCAACAACAACCCCGUGAAGGGCCCACGAUUUACUUGCCAUGGGUUGGCAACUGGUCAGAGUUAUAUUUUCCGGGUCAGAGCAGUUAAUGCAGCUGGACUUAGUGAAUAUUCACAAGAUUCAGAAGCGAUUGAAGUAAAAGCUGCUAUUGGGGGAGGAGUGUCUCAAGAUGUGUGGCCUGAACUGAAUGAUGCACCUGGUGGACUAACAGACUCCAGGGGAGGCAUGCAUGAAACCUCCCAGCCAACUAUUAAGAAAGAUGCUUUACUUGAUAGCAAACUUAACAAACCUUCACUACCCAGUAGCUCUCACAACCUGGGCCAAACAGAAGUGAGUAAAGUAAGUGAAACAGUUCAGGAAGAGCUUAUCCCACCACCACAGAAAGCACCUCUUAAGGGGAAAAGUAAGUCUGACCCCCUGAAAAAGAAGAAGGAUCUAGCGGCACCAUCUCCACCCUAUGAUAUCACUUGUCUUGAAAGUUUUCGUGACUCAAUGGUUCUUGGAUGGAAGCAGCCAGAUAAGAGUGGAGGUGCUGAAAUUACUGGCUAUUAUGUGAACUAUCGGGAGGUAAUUGAUGGGGUACCGGGAAGAUGGAGAGAAGCAAACAUCAAAGCCGUCAGUGAUGAGGCAUAUAAGAUUAGCAACUUGAAGGAAAAUACAGUGUAUCAGUUCCAGGUGGCAGCCAUGAAUAUCGCUGGGUUGGGAGCACCCUCAGCAGUAAGCGAGUGCUUUAAAUGUGAAGAGUGGACCAUUGCUGUUCCAGGACCACCACAAAGUCUCAAGUAUAGUGAAGUCAGGAAAACCUCCCUGGUUCUGCAGUGGAAGCCUCCGAUCCACUCUGGACGCACUCCAGUCACUGGUUACUUUGUGGACAUGAAGGAGGCCAGAGCCAAAGAUGAUCAAUGGCGAGGACUCAAUGAGGUGGCUAUUAAAAACAAAUACCUGAAGGUGCAAAACCUCAAGGAAGGUGUCAGCUAUGUGUUCCGUGUUCGAGCCAUAAACCAGGCAGGUGUUGGCAAGCCGUCGGACCUUGCUGGGCCUGUUGUGGCAGAAACUCGUCCAGGAACUAAAGAGGUUGUUGUAAAUGUGGAUGAUAAUGGAAUCAUUUCCUUGAACUUUGAAUGUGAUCAGAUGGCUCCAAAUUCUGAGUUCACCUGGUCCAAAGAUUAUGUAUCCACUGAGGACUCUCCACGUUUAGAAGUUGAAAGCAAAGGCAACAAGACGAAAAUGACCUUCAAAGACCUUGGGAUGGACGACUUGGGCAUUUACUCCUGCGAUGUAACAGACACUGAUGGAAUAGCAUCAAGCUACUUGAUAGAUGAGGAAGAGUUGAAACGUUUACUUGCUCUCAGCCAAGAACACAAGUUCCCAACUGUCCCAGUUAAAUCAGAGUUGGCAGUUGAAAUUUUAGAGAAAGGCCAGGUCCGGUUUUGGAUGCAAGCUGAGAAGCUAUCUGGUAAUGCCAAAGUCAACUACAUAUUUAACGACAAGGAAAUUUUUGAAGGGCCGAAAUAUAAGAUGCAUAUUGACCGAAACACUGGUAUAAUUGAAAUGUUCAUGGAAAAGCUACAGGACGAUGAUGAGGGAACAUAUACUUUCCAGCUUCAAGAUGGAAGAGCAACUGGCCAUUCUACUCUUGUUCUCAUUGGAGAUGUUUAUAAAAAGCUGCAGAAAGAAGCUGAAUUCCAGCGGCAUGAAUGGAUCAGGAAACAAGGUCCGCAUUUUGCUGAGUAUUUGAGCUGGGAAGUGACUGGUGAAUGUAAUGUACUAUUAAAAUGCAAGGUGGCAAAUAUUAAGAAGGAGACUCUUAUUGUGUGGUAUAAAGAUGAGAGGGAGAUAUCAGUGGAUGAAAAGCAUGACUUUAAGGAUGGUAUAUGUACGCUGCUUAUAACAGAGUUUUCCAAGAAAGAUGCUGGGUUUUAUGAAGUUAUCCUGAAAGAUGACAGAGGAAAAGAUAAGAGCAGAUUGAAGCUGGUGGAUGAAGCCUUUAAAGAACUGAUGACUGAAGUAUGUAAAAAAAUAGCUUUGUCUGCUACAGACCUGAAAAUCCAGAGCACAGCUGAAGGCAUCCGGCUGUAUUCUUUUGUUACUUACUACCUGGAUGAUCUAAAAGUUAACUGGUCCCACAAUGGCACUGCUGUUAAGUACACAGACAGAAUUAAGAGUGGGGUCACCGGGGAGCAGAUCUGGCUGCAAAUCAAUGAGCCCACUCCAAACGACAAAGGGAAAUAUGUAAUGGAGCUCUUUGAUGGCAAAACGGGAUACCAGAAGACAGUGGAUCUUUCCGGACAAGCGUAUGAGGAAGCCUUUGCGGAAUUCCAGAGAUUAAAACAAGCUGCCAUUGCAGAGAAAAAUCGUGCCCGGGUACUGGGCGGUCUCCCCGAUGUGGUCACCAUCCAGGAGGGCAAGGCGCUUAAUCUCACUUGCACCGUGUGGGGUGACCCAACUCCAGAGAUCUCCUGGUUAAAGAAUGAGAAGUCCCUCGCCUCAGAUGACCACUGCAGCCUCAAGUUCGAAGCCGGCAAGACCGCCUACUUCACCCUCAGUGGGGUGACCACCUCUGACUCUGGCAAAUAUGGGCUGGUUGUGAAGAACAAGUACGGCUCGGAGACUAGUGACUUCACCAUCAGUGUGUUCAUCCCAGAGGAGGAGGCGAGGGUGGCCUCUGCAAAGCCCCAGAAAGGCAGUAAGCAGUCCAAGUGA